UCCGCCUCGCCGACCGGAGCCACGAUGACCGUCACCUACACGGCCCGAGUGGCAAACGCCCGCUUUGGUGGCUUCUCCCAGUUGCUGCUGCUGUGGCGCGGGAGCAUCUACAAACUCUUGUGGCGGGAGCUGCUCUGUUUCCUCGGGUUCUACAUGGCACUGAGUGCCACCUACCGCUUCAUGCUGACAGAAGAGCAGAAGCGCUACUUCGAGAAGCUCGUCAUUUACUGCGACCAGUAUGCCAGCCUCAUCCCAGUCUCCUUCGUGCUUGGCUUUUACGUGACGCUGGUAGUGCACCGCUGGUGGAACCAGUACCUGUGCAUGCCGCUGCCCGACGCGCUCAUGUGCGCGGUGGUGGGGAUAGUGCACGGGCGCGACGAGCGUGGCCGCCUCUACCGGCGCACGCUCAUGCGCUAUGCGGGGCUGUCAGCGGUGCUCAUCCUGCGCUCGGUCAGCACCGCGGUCUUCAAGCGCUUCCCCACCAUCGACCACGUGGUGGAGGCGGGGUUUAUGACUCGCGAGGAGCGCAAGAAGUUUGAGAACCUGAAUUCGUCCUACAACAAGUACUGGGUGCCCUGCGUCUGGUUCUCCAACCUGGCGGCGCAGGCCCGGCGCGAGGGCCGUAUCCGCGACAACAGCGCCCUCAAGCUGCUGCUCGAGGAGCUGAAUGUGUUUCGGGGCAAGUGCGGGAUGCUCUUUCACUAUGACUGGAUUAGCGUGCCCCUGGUCUACACCCAGGUGGUGACCAUCGCAGUGUACAGCUACUUCCUGGCUUGCCUCAUCGGUCGCCAGUUCCUGGACCCGGCUCAGGGCUACAAAGACCACAACCUGGACCUGUAUGUGCCCAUCUUCACCCUCCUGCAGUUCUUCUUCUACGCGGGCUGGCUCAAGGUAGCGGAGCAGCUCAUCAACCCCUUCGGAGAGGACGACGACGAUUUUGAGACCAACUUUCUGAUCGAUCGCAACUUCCAGGUGUCGAUGCUGGCCGUGGACGAAAUGUACGACGACCUGGCCAUGCUGGAGAAGGACCUGUACUGGGACGCGACCGAGGCGCGCGCCCCCUACACGGCGGCCACCGCCUUCCUACUGCAACAGCCCUCCUUCCAGGGAUCCACCUUCGACAUCACGCUGGCCAAGGAGGACAUGCAGAUCCAGCGCCUGGAGGGCUUGGAUGGGCCGCUGUGCGACGCGCAAGGCGACUUCCUGCAGCGCCUCCUGCCAGCGGGUGCUGGCUUGGCCGGGGGAGGCGGGCUGGGCCGCCGCCUGUCGCUGCUGCGGCGCAAGAACAGUUGCGUGUCCGAGACGUCCACCGCCACCAGCUGCGUGUGCUCGGGAGUCCUCGACGGCGCGGCCCUGGAGUGCCGCUGCGUGGACCCGCUGCUCGACUCCGGCUUGCGCGAGCUCGAGCCCGAGCCUCCGCCCCCGGCCGGUCCCGAGCCGUCUGUCCCCCUGCCCGGCCCCGCGGCCGACCCCUUCACCGCCGUGCCUAUGCCCGGGCCCCGGGGGCAGGCACCGCCCUGGCUGCCUAGCCCUAUUGGCGAGGAGGAGGAGAAUCUGGCCUGA